UACGCGUACUUCAGGAUGGGGGUCCAGCAGAAGGAGAUGGUGAAGGCACGGCUUUUCCAAAUGCCCUUUGCUGAGUUGAGGAACCGGCACAUCUUCCUGGAGCGCCGGGGGCUCUACCAGACGCCGCACAAAGGCCAGACCCAAACCGGCAACCCAAAACUGAAGGACAUCCUUCAGCUCCCGGAGAAAGACUUUCUGGCCAGCCUGGCCUGCUCCACCCCAGAGGAGUACAAGGUCUUCCAGAAGCUGCUGGCUCGAGAGGAGGAGGAAGAGGAGAAGGAGGAGGAAGAGGAGGACAGGGAUGCACUAUAUGCAGAGGAAGAUGAAGACUUGGACAGUGAAGGAUGUACAACAGCCCGGGAGUGA